CGCGCGCAUAGGAAGGAAGAGAAGGAAAGGAGCUGAGGCAAAUCAGUCGCCAAGCGGAGCCCAAGACAGCGGAUGAACGGAGCCGAGCGUGUGUGCUUGUCGCUCUUGUCGUUUUUUUACAGCAGCUCAAAGCGGCGUCCGGCAGCCCCGAAACCCGCCCGAAAAUGAUCUUCAAACUCGUCCAUCUCCUCGGGGUGCUCGUCUGCGGCGGCCAAGCCGCCCUACAAGUGUCUAUAUCCUUGAACAAAGUGGAGUUAAGUGUCGGAGAGUCCAAGUUCUUCAUCUGCACAGCUAUCGGCGAGCCGGUCAAGUUGGAGUGGUAUAACCCCCAGGGCGAACGCAUCGUGGCCUCUAAGCGAAUGGCGCUCCACACAGAAGCAUCCAGAUCCAAGCUCGUUAUUUAUAAUGCCAUCAUCGAAGAUGCGGGUAUCUACCGCUGCCAGGCCACCGAUGUCAGUGGUCACACCGAGGAGGCCUCCGUUGUGCUGGAGAUCUACCAGAGGCUGACAUUCCAGGAUGUUCAGUCACCGCAGGAGUUCCGCUAUGGUGAGACAGCAGAGGUGGUGUGUGACGUCAUUAGCUCCCCGGUGCCCGUGGUGGUGUGGUACUACCAGGACAAAGAGAUCACUGAGGAGCACCACAGCAGGUUCCAGGUGUUGCCAAACAACAACCUGCAGAUCCAUCAGGUGACCAAGGCUGACGAGGGUGUGUACCGCUGUGAAGCCAGCGUAGAGGCACGCGGGGAGAUCGAUUUUGUGGACAUUGCAGUGGUGGUCAAUGUCCCUCCGGUGUUGUCAGUGUUCCAGCAGUCCUUCAAUGCCACAGCUGACUACCAGGAAUCUGUCACCUUUACUUGCAUCACUUCUGGAUCUCCGGACCCCAUAGUCACAUGGCACAGGAAAGGGCAGCAGCUGGAGCCAUCGGACCAGUACAUUUUGAACCGGCUUGAUGGCGGGCGGAGCAUGUUAACCAUCCGCAACAUCCGGCAGGGUGAUGGAGGCACCUACUCCUGCAGAGCCACCAAUAAGGCAGGAUCCCAGGAAAGAGAGCUCUUCCUCAAAGUGUUUGUCCAGCCCCAUAUCACCCAGCUGAAAAACGUGACAGCCGUAGAGGGCAGCGCUGCCAUGAUCUCCUGUGUGGCUGAGGGCGAGCCUCUGCCUGACAUUUCCUGGAGAAGAGCCAGCGACGGUCAGACCUUCGUGGACGGAGACAAGAGCCAGGAUGGGAGGUUUGAAGUUCGUGGGCGUCACGGCAAGUCGGUGCUGACCAUCAGCGGCGUGAGGCUCUCCGACUUGGGUCGAUUUGACUGCGAGGCGCUCAGCAGGAUCGGAGGUCAUCAGAAGAGCAUGUUCCUGGACAUUGAAUAUAUACCAAAGUUCCUGACCAACCACACCGUUUAUUAUUCAUGGGAGGGAAAUCCGGUGAACAUCAGCUGCGACGUGAUGUCCAACCCACCUGCCACCAUGCUGUGGAGGCGAGAGCGCUUCACUAUCUCCACAGAGGGAACCGCCAACAUGAGGGUGCACAGCGCCGAGGGCAAGUCUGUGCUGGAGGUGACUCCUAUGUCCGACAGAGACUUUGGCCGCUACAACUGCACGGCCAGAAACAACAUUGGAGUUCGAUACCAGGAGUUCAUUUUGGCCCAGGCAGUUGCGCCAUCGAAUCCAUACUCAGUUCGUCUGUCAGCUGUCUCCCAGCGCCUAGCGACCGUAACAUUUAUGAAGCCAGACUCUCAUGGAGGCGUUCCCAUCAACUACUAUCUGGUCCAGUACAAGGAGGUGGGCUCACAGGACUGGAGGGAUGUCAAGUCACACAGUGUCCAGACCACAGUUGUGCUGACAGGACUGGAGCCCAACACAACAUACGAGGUUCGAGUGGCAGCUGUCAACGGAAAGGGCCAGGGCGACUUCAGCCACACGGAAACCUUCCAGACCUUACCUAUCCGAGAGCCGAGUCCGCCAGCAGUCCACGGGCAGAGGGACAUGGGCAGGGCCUACAGGCUGGGGCUGGUCAAGCAGGACGACGGAGGCAUGCCUAUUGUGGAGUAUAUAGUCAAGUACAAGACUGAUAAAGAGGAACAGUGGAUGACCAAGCUUGUUCCAGGUGCGAAGGACCAUGCCUUGCUGCACCCGCUCCAGUGGAACACGAGAUAUGAAGUGGAAAUCACAGCGCGCAACGUGAAAGGCCUGUCGGAGCCCACCUUCUAUCAGUUCUUCAUGCCACAGAAACCUGACAUUACAGCAGAAUCCCUGUUCAGCGGGCUGGGGCUGGGGGCGGUGGUGGGCCUCGGCCUGGGAGCGCUGCUGCUGCUCCUCGUGCUGGUGGACGUCAGCUGCUUCUUCCUGCGUCACUGCGGCCUGCUCAUGUGCAUCACGCGCACCCUGUGCAGCAAAAAAACAGCCACCAGCGGCAAGGGCAAAGAAAUCGAGGAGGGGAAGGCCGCCUAUCUGAAGCUACCGCUGAAGGAAGAAAAUGGAAGAGAGGUUCUCAAGCCGGAUACGAUUGAAAUCAAAGUGCACAGUGACAACAGCAUCCACACAAAGCCCGACGACAGCAAAGCGUAAAAGGGUCGGUCCUCCCGCCACCAAAAGAACAUUCGGAUCACAAGACCAAAACCCAGAGAAACUACAACACUGGAAAAUAGUGGAGUAAAAUACCAUAUCUGUUUAUAGCAAUGCCCCAGAGAAAGGCAUGUGUAAAUACAAAAAAUAAUAGAGAGAAAAUAGAAAGGAAGAAAGUGUCAACCUUUUAGACACCCUGAGUGAUUAAUGUAUCAUGUUCUUACAAACAUGGCAUCAGUGGAAAGCUCUUGUUGAUCAAUGAUUGUAUAUUAUUUUCUGCCUUAAGUAUUAUUUCUCAGAUUCUGUUUUUUUGUUUGUUUGUUUGUUUAUUUGUCUGUUUUACACCCCACAUGGGAUUUUCAUGCAGUUGAAAGGUAUUUCUAGCACUCUCCUCUUUGAUGUCUCUCAAAAAAGACAGUCACAAGCGGAGGCAUAAGCUGGUAUGCUGGUGUGCCCCAAAUAUCUCAAUGCUAAUGCUUUUUUUUGUCUUUGUAAGAGCAAUGCAUGGGCUGACCUUCACUGCAGGAUGUCACAGUGUUUUAAGCCUGUUUCCAUGCCCGAGUGUUACUCUACAACAUCCUUUUUAUGCCUGUGAUAGCCAAGCUAGGUGCCUAGCUUACAAAGGCAAAUUCUCAGUCAUUGUACUUUAAGCUAGCAGGCUUCGCUAGCACACGGUAAAGAAGUCCUUAAAAGCUCUGACGCUUUAUUGUCUAAAGAAAACUCUUAUGUGAUGCAUUAGUUCUUGGUUGCAUUUCUACCUGAAACAAUAUUAAUUUUUUCCAGAAGACUUUAGGCCUAAUAUUUGGUUUGGUUUGAUUUCAGAAGGGCUUUUGCGACUCUUUAUAGGUACCCAACAGUAUCCAAAAAUCACAAGAAGGAAGAGUGUGUUGCAGUCUAUGAAGUAUACAGUACAAAAACCACACAUGUGCAUUGAUGUCACUGUUAGCAAAGCCUUUUAAAUUGACGCCGAAUAUUGUUGGCGCUCUUCAGGCGUCUCACUCUCUAACAAUGUGCGCAUAAGAAUGUUUUAUUCAUCAGCUGCAUACACCGUAAUGUGUCGUAUAUUGUUGCCAGAGGUUAGCCGCACUGCAAGUCAAUUUAUGCUUUGGUAUACAAUGAGUAAUGAAAAAAUUAUGUUAAUGUGUUGAAAGGCGUCCCCGUGAGUGCCCUGACCAGUAAUCUUUGCUAUCUGUAAAAGCAGAAGUAGCAGCAAGGUACCACUCAAGGCAUGGGAACAAAAGAGAAAAGGUAUGCUCGAGAGGAAUAAAUCAACAUGUACGUCAUGUCUGUUUUAAAUGAUAAACUUUGGUUUCUUUGAUUAUUCUUGCCUCAGAUUGGCCUCUGAUGCAGUUUUUCUUUCUUUGGUCUGGUCACUAUUCUCUCUGAUGUUGUCACGUGUUGUACAUAGGUGAAAAAAAAGAGUAUUUUACAAAGCUUUUAUGUAAAUAUACCCUAAAGGAUGUGUCCUUUUUUCCAAAUGCAAAAGGCUUGGCUUUUUCUUUUCUUUUUUUUGUGAACACUCCUUGGAUGAAAAGCUGUUGGCUGUUUUUUUUACUUUUCUUCUUCUUUUUUUUUUCCCUUUUGUUGUGUUUUGGUCCAAAGUUCAGUGAUGGUGUAAUAUUGUUUUUUCCUAGUCAUUUGCUUUCCCUUAAGAAAAACCCAUGUCCUGAGGCUAUUUCACGCAUUUCAAUGGAGGCAGUAAUUACGGCAUUAGUGUGCCUUCUCUUUUUUUUUUUCUUUUCUUUUUAACCCCCCCCCCCCUCCUCCUCCUCCUUGUGGCCCAAAGUCGCUGUAGCAGUGUAGACCAACAAAUGAACUUUUGCUCACAGCUUAGCUGCUUUGUGCCACAGAAUGUGUCAUAAGAUUGAAUUGUAUUGUGAUGCUGUGGUUUCUGGGAAACGUAGUCAUAGGAUUGUGGGUUCUAAUCACCGACACUGGACAGGAACGGACGUGUGCAACUACCUAGUACAACUAGAUGUCAGGUCGAGGCUGUUGAGUGGUUUGAUGGCAUCACAUGAAUCAUUACAUGACUGUGUGUGCGCACAUGUAUGUGUGCAUACAUCCAUGGGUGCGUGACUACACUCGUCUACAUGAAUCUGGUUGCAUGUAUGUCCGCUGAAUGUAUCUGCACGUACUGUAAGUUAAUCUGUUUGUAUGUUUGCGAGGAUGUGUUCCCAUUUUUACUGUUUUUUUUUUUUUCAAUUUUCCACAAUAAGAGUCUCCAGAUUCCAAACCUUACACUACAUUAAAGAGUUAAAUGCUAUUCUGGCAUUUAUUAUAUUUAUUUUUUAAUGUUGUUACCUAUUUAUAAUAAAGUGCAAGUACACUUUCCAUCUCCAUGGUGCACCAUGUGGCAAGCGAAGGUGAUGAUGACCACAUGCCAAGUGUGAAUGUCAGAGUGCUCUAAGUGCACGGGGCGUUUCCUUUUUAAAACAUUUUUUUAAACCGUGGUGCGAGUUGGCGAGAGCUCUCACGCUGAGUUCCGGGGUGUGCUCUGAUAGUUAAAACCUGAUUAUGUAGCUCUCGACAGUGAUUAAUUCCCUAGGCUGCAGCACUCCUUCCAUGUGUCUGCCAGCCCCCCUCCUGUCCUCCCCACCCGCCCCCCUCUCCGCCACUGUUCCCUGCCUCUCAGACUCCACUGGUUUUUAUCUCAGACUUACGUAGUGCUGGCUUUGUUUUCUCACAGCGAGCCCUUGUACCUGCAUAUCUCUAAAGGAUGGUCCUGCCAUGGAGUGGUUCCGCUGCCUGUUACGAUCACUGUAAAUAUGGGAGCACAGUGCCUGGGGGCUACACGAUUUGUACAUGUUCUUUUGUAUUUGAAUAUGAGUCUAAACCCACCCCCCACCCCUGUCCUUCUUCUCCGGUCCCUCCUCUCCUCCCCUCUCUCGUCCUCCUUUCCUCUCUGUCUCCUCCAUCAUCCAUCGGCCCUUUUUUCUGCAAAAGGGGGGUUAAAAAACAGGUGUGUUUGAGCUCAGUGUACAGUAUGUGUCCUCUUUGUCCCCAUGCUCCCCGUGUCCCUUGGACUGUCCCCGCUGAGUGUGCUUUGUGCAGGAGGUGGGAACUAUUGAUGUCUCUCUGUACGUACCUGUGGAACACUUGUGACUCCUAUCAUUGGCCGCUGUAAAUAAACAUGUCC